AUGCUGCAGCGAUUUUCCAUGCGCUCUAGCGUAGUCAACUUUGCUCGCCAGCACAAUCGAUUUGCCGCUAUUAAAUUGCAGAUGGUCAGCUUUUCGUCCGAUGAAGACUGGCGCAUCUCGGACGAAGAUUUUGAUGAAGGUCCUGAUAAAAUUAUCGACAAAGACCGUCGUGACUCCAUGCCGCGUCGUCAAAUAAUGCCUGAAGCAGCCAAGAAGAGUCGCUUUAUGAUUGUAGCACCCGAGAAUCGCGGCAAGGUGCGUCGCCGUCUUUUGGAUGAGUUCAAGAAGGACGGUAUUACGCUAGUAGAUCCGGACCAGCCAGGUCAAUAUCUUACCCCUGAUACAGGCAUUUUGCGAGAUAUACGUGCCAUGAACAAGGAGGGCGACGAGAUGGAGUUUGCAGACGAUGACGAGGAAAGCGAGCUUAACCUCGGUCGUAUGGGCCUACUGCGCCAAAUUGUGCACGUAGAUCAGGUGCAGAAAGUCACGACGCAGGAGCGAAUCGUCAACUUUCGCGCGCUUAUUGUUGUCGGUAACAUGCGAGGAGUUGCCGGCUACGCUGUAGGCAAGGGCUCGUCGCCCCCUAUUGCUAUCCAGCGUGGCACGAAGCUUGCUCUGAAGCGUUUUACCUACAUCGACCGCUUUGACAACCGCACACUGUAUCAUGAGGUGUGCGGCAAAUGGAAUAGCUGUACGCUAUUUCUGCGCCCAGCGCCUAAGGACAAAGGACUUACCGUGAGCGAUACCGUGGCUUGUGUGCUCGACUGCUUUGGCAUUACAGACAUUGUGUCCAAGACCCACGGCCAGCGCAACCCUUUCACAGUUGUCAAGGCUACUUUCGACGCGCUUGCCAAGCACGAGACCGCUGAAGAGAUAGCUCUUCGAACAGGCCACUCGCUUGUAGAGCUCAGUACUCUGGCGCGUAUGCGUAACCUGUAA